UGACACCUAGCCCAUUCAGUCGAGACCCCUUGCCCAUGCCCGCCCUCCACCCUGCCCUGGGACUGCCGCUUCGCAAUGGACGCCACGCUGACCGAGACCCGUCCUCUGUUCGUCGCCCGGCGGUGGCCACGGGCGUUCUUGGCCCAGCCGUUGUCUCCCCUGUCUGCCCCCACCCUUCAGAACCAGGAGGGAGCCAUGGAUUUGCUGCGGGAGCUGAAAAAUAUGCCUAUUACAUUGCACUUGCUCCAGUCCACCCGAGUUGGGAUGUCUGUCAAUGCUCUGCGGAAGCAGAGUUCAGACGAGGAGCUCAUUGCACUUGCCAAGUCCCUCAUCAAGUCCUGGAAGAAGCUCUUGGAUGUUUCUGAUGGCAAAUCCAGGGAUCAAGGGAGGGGCACACCUUUGCCUACAUCAUCCUCAAAGGAUGCCUCAGGGACUACGGAUCUCAGCUGCAAGAAGCCAGACCCACCUAAGACCUCAUCCACUCCAAGGAUCACCACAUUUCCCCAAGUGCCCGUCACCUGUGACGCUGUACGAAACAAAUGCCGAGAGAUGCUGACUUUGGCUCUGCAAACUGACCAUGACCACGUGACUGUUGGUGUGAACUGUGAGCAUCUGUCAUCUCAGAUCGAGGAGUGCAUCUUCCUGGAUGUGGGAAACACUGACAUGAAGUACAAGAACCGUAUUCGGAGCAGAAUCUCUAACCUGAAAGAUGCCAAGAACCCUGGCCUACGGAGGAAUGUCCUGUGUGGUGCCAUCACACCCCAGCAGAUAGCUGUGAUGACAUCAGAGGAGAUGGCCAGUGACGAGCUGAAGGAGAUCCGCAAGGCCAUGACCAAGGAGGCCAUCCGUGAGCACCAGAUGGCCCGUACAGGUGGCACACAGACUGACCUAUUUACCUGCAACAAGUGCAGGAAGAAGAACUGCACCUACACACAGGUGCAGACCCGCAGCUCCGACGAGCCCAUGACCACCUAUGUUGUCUGCAACGAGUGUGGGAACCGAUGGAAGGCUUCAGCUGGGUCCUGUUCUACCGCUGCAGAUCUGCUCCCUGGGCUCAGACAACACUUAAGCUAAGCUGUGGUGAGGCAGUAUUAUAGACAAGAGCUUGUCUAGUGUUUGGAGAGAUUACUCGUUCAUGUAUGAUUCUAGGCUAUUGCUAAUGCUUGUGUAUGUACCACCAUGCUGGCUGUGUGGGCUGGUGCAGGAGCUUGCCCAGUGUUCACCCAUUCUCACCAGACAUGGCAGCCUCAGGACCUGGUGUCCUUUCAGGAUGUUUUGCUUUGUCCUUCACUCUGCUUGCCCAUGGGGGAGGAUGGUCACUGAGCUGACGUCAGUUCUCGCUUCAAAUUGCUGAAGCUUCCAGCAACUUGGAGGAACAAAGUAGUGGGUGCUUUGCUUUAUUGGACCUGUAAGAUUAAGAUGGUGUUGGGUCUAGCUUCUUUAGAAAGACCAUACCAUCCGCUUUGUUCCCAUCAGCCUCUGGGAAGACAUUUCAUCAAGUGCUGGGCUUUGGAUAGUCUUUGGUUGCAUCUGAAGCCUUUGUCGGUGCUGACCCACUGUAGAGUCGAGGCCAGUUCCUAGAGCCAUGCCUUGGGCAGGGCCCACACUGGUCACUUACUAAGGCGACUGCUAUGGGUCAGCGCACAAGGUAGAUAGAGUCUGAUAGAUAAUCCUUUUCUCCAACCUCCUACUCCAAUUGUGGGAUAAACAGAGGCUUCUGUUUUUAAAAAAUACAGAAUACUCUA